CGUCAAUGCCAAGUGUUACCCGGCAACAUUGUAGAACGAGUUGAACAUUUAAUUAAAUAAUAAAUAAAUUUCAUUUACUGUAAUAUUGUACUCCAAUUUAAGUGCUUGCUCCAGAAGAAACACACACAAACUGUCAAAUUCGUUGUAGAUCCGUUUGAGGACAAAAUAGGUUAAAGUUUAUUUUUUUGUUGUCAAAAUGACUGAAAUGAGUCCUUUGGAGUAUUUUGUUUGUGGGGGUUUCGGUGGUAUUUGCACCGUUAUUGUGGGCCACCCCCUGGACACCAUCAAGGUGAGGCUCCAAACAAUGGCGAGGCCUGCCCCUGGGCAGAGCCCCUUGUACAAAGGCACAGCUGAUUGUUUCAAGAAAACUGUGAGGGCUGAAGGCUUCAAGGGGUUGUACAAAGGCAUGGGGGCGCCUUUAGUGGGUGUGGCCCCCAUCUUUGCUAUAUCUUUCAUGGGUUAUGGUGUGGGCAAAAAUAUGUUCUCUGGUUUGAAUGAAAAAGCGCCGUGGCAGCAAUAUUUUUAUGCUGGCGCGUUUAGCGGUAUUUUUACUACUUUGAUAAUGGCCCCAGGGGAGAGGAUCAAAUGUUUGUUGCAAAUUCAACAAGGGGUUAAUACCCCUAAAUUGUAUAAUGGACCUGUGGACUGUAUUGCAAAGUUGUACAAACAAGGAGGCAUUUCCAGUAUAUACAGGGGUUCUGGAGCUACAUUGUUAAGGGACAUACCCGCCAGUGGUAUGUACUUUUUGACUUACGAGGUAGUCAAAGAGUGGUUCGCAAAGGGCAGCAAGGAACCACCAAGCAUUUUUGGCACAAUUUGCGCAGGUGGCGCUGCAGGAGUGGCCAACUGGUUGAUAGGAAUGCCGCCAGAUGUCCUCAAAAGUCGCCUACAAACAGCACCUGAAGGGACAUACAAAAAUGGCAUUAGAGACGUGUUUAAAGUAUUAAUAAAAGAAGAAGGCCCCAGGGCUUUAUACAAAGGUCUAACUCCAGUAUUGUUGAGAGCUUUCCCAGCUAACGCCGCUUGCUUCGUCGGUUUUGAACUUUGCAAGCAAUUUUUGAAUUUUUUAUUCCCAAAAACUCCUGAAUCAAUGACUGAGUCACAAUAAUUUGACACUAAUGCGCAUCUCGACUGUGAUGACUGUUUUCAUCUGUUUUUAUAAAAUUUUAACUGUCAGAUUUAUUGUUUAAUGUAUUUU